CUCCUUCGGGAGCUGGGGUGGCUGCUCCCCCCUAGAGUCGGCGGCGCUUGGUGCCGCCCGGGAGAACCAGGUCAUCGGUCGGUUCCCGUGAAAACAAAAACAAUCGGCGGCGCCGCCGCGGGCAUCCGAACGCGGCCGGCGGCACUCAGGGAAGUGGGGCCGGGUGGGACGAGCGGGCGGGCGCGGCGGCGACGCGCCGGGGGCCGGGGCGCCAUGGGGCAGGUGGGCACGGGCGGCGCGGGGCACCCUUGGCACCGCGGCUAGCGUGCCCGCCGCCUCGCCGCUUCAGCCGCCCUCGCCGUCCGCCUGGGGGACGAGGAGCAGGACGCGGCCUCGGCCGGGCCCGGGCCGAACGGCUGCGGACACCCGGGCGCCGGGGAGCCGAGCGCCGCCGCCUCCGGGAUGGAUCAGUGCGUGACUGUGGAGCGCGAGCUGGAGAAGGUGCUGCACAAGUUCUCGGGCUACGGGCAGCUGUGCGAGCGCGGCCUGGAGGAGCUCAUCGACUACACGGGCGGCCUCAAGCACGAGAUCCUGCAGAGCCACGGCCAAGAUGCUGAAUUAUCAGGGACACUCUCACUUGUUUUGACACAGUGCUGUAAAAGAAUAAAGGAUACUGUUCAAAAAUUGGCUUCAGACCACAAAGACAUCCACAGCAGUGUUUCUCGGGUUGGAAAAGCCAUUGAUAAGAAUUUUGAUUCUGAUAUUAGCAGUGUGGGAAUAGAUGGCUGCUGGCAGGCAGACAGCCAAAGACUUCUUAAUGAGGUGAUGGUGGAACACUUCUUUCGACAAGGAAUGUUGGAUGUAGCUGAGGAGCUCUGCCAGGAAUCUGGUCUAUCUGUAGACCCAAGUCAGAAAGAACCAUUUGUGGAGUUAAAUCGAAUAUUGGAAGCAUUAAAAGUCAGAGUUCUGAGACCAGCUCUGGAAUGGGCAGUAUCAAACCGAGAAAUGCUCAUAGCUCAAAACAGCUCUUUGGAAUUUAAGUUACACAGACUGUAUUUCAUAAGCUUGUUAAUGGGUGGAACUACAAAUCAGCGAGAGGCUUUGCAAUAUGCUAAAAAUUUUCAGCCAUUUGCCCUAAAUCAUCAAAAAGACAUUCAGGUUCUGAUGGGAAGCCUUGUGUACCUGAGACAAGGGAUUGAAAACUCACCGUAUGUUCACCUGCUUGAUGCAAACCAGUGGGCUGACAUCUGUGAUAUCUUUACACGGGAUGCCUGUGCCCUCUUGGGGCUCUCUGUGGAGUCCCCUCUCAGUGUCAGUUUCUCAGCAGGUUGUGUGGCUCUGCCAGCUCUAAUUAAUAUUAAAGCCGUCAUUGAACAGAGGCAGUGCACUGGAGUUUGGAAUCAGAAAGAUGAAUUACCUAUUGAAGUGGACCUUGGCAAAAAGUGCUGGUAUCACUCUAUAUUUGCCUGUCCUAUUCUUCGUCAGCAAACCACAGAUAACAAUCCACCCAUGAAACUGGUCUGUGGUCAUAUUAUAUCAAGAGAUGCCCUGAAUAAAAUGUUCAAUGGUAGCAAAUUAAAGUGUCCGUAUUGUCCAAUGGAACAAAGCCCAGGAGAUGCCAAGCAGAUAUUUUUCUGAAGAAAUAACUUUAGCAAUUUAGAGAAAGCUGUGAUAGAUUCCAAAAUUUGCUUUUUGAUGUUUUCCUCUGCUCCAGUUCUCACCGAGAAGUCAGCAGACCUGCACUUGAGCCCUGCUUGUAGCCCCCGUGGGCUCCCUGUUUGAAAUUCCAUCCUGACUUUAGCAGGUUGUUGUGAGAAAUCUUCUGCCAAAACAGAGCGGGAGUACUAUUUUUGAUUUGCUUUUAUUGCUGAGGGGUGCUUUUUUUAAAAAAGUGUGUUCAAUAAAAUGAAAUUCUGAAGUUAGAAGUGUUCUUAAGUUGAUACUUGCUUUUUUGGUUUUAGUAGCCCUAUUCUCUGAAAUCUGCCUUUAGGACCUGGCUAUUUAUUGCAUUUGUAUAUCAUUGCAGACACAGUGUUGUGUGUGUAUGUAUGUGCACCAGCAUCAAACAUUGUGUAUCUGGGAGGGAAGAAGCAUGUUCCAGUCCUAAAAUGCAGCUACGAGACUUAUCACUUUAAAUCCUUAAACUUAGCAGAUAGCAAAUUUUCUGUCGCGCAGAAUAUGUUUAUUGCUGUUUUUGUAUUUGAAUAGUAUACUGUUUAAUGCCUCUCUUCUGCAAAGUGUUUCAUCUCAUUGACUGUGAAUCUGUAUAUUACUCUAAUGGAUACAGAUAAUGAUUUUUUUUCUCUUGUGAGGUAUCUUAAUUUAAUGCACUGUCCAGAAAUAGCCAUGUGUAAGAGUCUUUCUUUGUAUGAUGAACUACAUGGAAAAGACUUCUGUGAACAUAAAUUUGACUUAAACUCAUGAAGUUACUUCAUUAUGGAAAGAAUGUUAUAUGGAAAUCACCAAAUACUUCGCAACUUUAUUCAACUGACAUGGAACUCAACAAUAUAGGAAAACUUUCGUGAGACUAUGAAAAAAAGAAGAAAACACAGAAGCAGAAUGUGACACUUCACAUUGUAAAAUGCAGAUUGACUUAGUUUGGUGGGGAAGGAGAUAAUAGUUCCAGUUUUAAGUUAUUUGGAGACGGCAGCAUUUGCAGUAGUACACCAGCUUGGGUGGUUUAUCCUGAAAUGUUUACCUGAGAGAGUUUGAGAUUUGUUUGUAAAGGAAAGUGGUUCCGCAGUGAAGACCUGCUGGAUUGCAGAGUGUGUGUAGUCAGGCUUGUGUUGAGGGCUUCUGUGCACUCUGUAGUUUAGCCAGGAUUUAUGAUUGGCCUGGCUCAGAAAGCUCGCUUUAUACAACCUCAGUCUUGGCCUCACAGCGAGUCUUGGCCCCACAGUGAUUUUUGUUGUAAGUUACUGCUUUCCUGUUGGAAACCUCUCUAAAGUUUUCCCUCUCUCUACUAAAGCAAUUGAAGGAAGAGAACAAGAGAAACUCCUUGGACUCUAAAGUGAAAGUAGAGAAUUCCAGGCAGUACUCUGGCUGAGGAAAUAAAAUUGGUUUAUUAUAUAUUUUUCCUUAGAAUUAAAAUCCAGAGUGUCAUCAUUUUUAAAAACUUUCUUCUUGAUAGGCCAGACUUAGUUUUAUUCACAACUUAUUUCCACCCCAAACACCUACACAACAUUUAGGCUUGACAUAAAGUUCAAAUAAUAGAGACAUUGUGCUGGAGGCUGGCAUUUAAUAUUUUUGGUGGCCAGACCCUUCACAGAGUUGGCUCAGCCCACUAGCUAAAGCCCUGCUCGUCCCUAGUGUUGGGAAUCCUGUUGAGUUUUCUGUGCAGCGCAUGAAACUUUAAAAGAACAUGCUUUAACUGAAGCAUUUAAUUUUACAGCCUUCAGUAUAAGGUCCAUUAAACCAGUUAGGACCAAAACCUUGAAACUCUUCAUUAGUCUGACAAUGUGAAAACAAUGUCUUAUGACCUUUCAGUACAUGAGCUUAAAAUUCACUGGUGACUAAAUGUGAAGGUGAGGUGGAUUUGCAGAGGCCAGAACUUAACCAAAGAUGCUGAAAUGCAAUGUGCUGCCCUUCGUACUCUAGAAACACCUUCACUAAUGGUUUUUAGAGUGCCUCGCCAUGAGGCUGUGUGUUAGCAGUGCAGAAAGGAUGCUUUCCAUCCACUCUUCCUCCACUCACAAGAGGUCAUGAUAGAGCCAAGGUUUUUUACAGUUAAACUUAUAGUAAUAAUAGUGAUAUACAUGGAAAACAAUAACAGAGCGGUUUCUUCAGAACCAUUUCCAUUUAUCAGUUGUGGACAAAGGCCAUGGAACUAUGCGAAACCAAUAAAACCUUACUGUAAGAUUCUGAUAUAGCCACAGCAUCUGUGCUUUCAAGUACAAUCUGAAGUGCAGUGGCUAAGGUUGUCUUUGAUAUUUUUUUCUCCUCUGUGUGAUCAUCACAGAUGCCAUUGCUGUUUUAGUGGUUGAUUCUAUGAGACUUGUAAUACAUAAAUGAACGGGUAUUGGUGCCUCUUGAUUUAAAAAAAUUUGAAGCAAAGAGCCACCUCAUAUUCAUAGGGUGUGUGAAUAUUUUGUGAGUGUAUGAGCAUUUAAUUGAAAAUAAGAAAGUAAAUCUUGUGUUUUGGUUUUUCUGUAGCAGCUGAUUUAUACAGAGACACUAAAACCCACACCAAAUUCUGUGGGAAAUGAGGAUCCUUUUUUUCUCUCCGGGUAGUCCCACAGGUUAUGCAGUUAAAAUUCAGUAUUUUUCCUGCUGUGAGUUUUUUCCAACUCACUGGUUAGAGCCUUUGGGAGAGUAGAUACUGCAGAAACCAAGAAUUCUUGGUUGUCCUCACAAGACAUGCUGCUGGUAGACAUUACCCUACUGGUUUUCCAGUUCAACCUCUGGUUAAGUGGACUGGCCAGCAUGCUAGUCAAACUGCUUAGUCAGCAGACUCAGGUUAUUUUCAGGGAAGGCAUGGAGACAAGGUUUGGUUAAUUUCAUCACUGGGAUGUGUAAGGUGAAGACACAAACCAAAAUAUCUCUCAUUACUUAAUGUACAUUAUCUUUGGUAACACUAGAAUGCUGUGCUCCUGAGGGAAUAUUCGCAAGGAACACAGAAGGUUUUGGUGCUUCAUAUGCCUGUCCCACUGGGACAGGUUUUAUGUGGUACAAUAGUGUUUACCUUAAGCAGGUAAAAACCUUCAACUGUUUUUAUUGAACUAUAAUUGAAUAGAUACCAAAAAUAGAAUGACAAAUGUAUUUUAAUAUCGGAUGAGGCAGUUAGUUUUAGAGUUGUCCACUGUUGAUUUUACUUCAAGACAGAAGGAGAGAAAACAAAGGUUUGUUUUCAAAAACUUUUCCACUCGUUUUAAACUGUAGUGAGCAUAUGCUUCAUUUACUUCUUCCAAAGAGGCAAGAGCAGCUGGAAUUGGCUUAUAGCACACGCUUCAUUUCAUGUUACGGGGUGAGGACCUAUACUCUAUUUUAGCAGUCGCUUCAUGUUCUCUGGCAAGGCAGAUGUGGGAUUCACUAGGAUUUAGUGCCUGAUCUUUUCUUUGGGGAAGGGGUGGGAGCGAAUGUAUGGGGAUGGGAGUGAAGCAGGAGAAGAAAAUGGGAGCGUGUGUGAGUGUGCAUGUGUCUAAAAUUCACCAUUUCUCCCACCUGUGUCUAGCAAGCACAGGUAUUUAAUGUAUUUUGCUCAUGACUGCAGUGUGCAUGUAUUAUUUUUCUCCUCUGUUUGCUAAACUUACACUAAAUGGAUUCAUCAAAUCAUCUUGUUCAGAUGGCUCAGGAUUGUAUUUCUUUCGCUUACCCUGUGCGCUUGGGUUCUAUAGUAUUUCUAUAAUUAUGUAACAAGAAUGGUGUUGCACUGUAAUCUAUCAUAUAGAGCUAUAUGUAUGGAAAAUUUUGAUCAGUUUUUUUAAGAAAUGUAUCCUGUUUGCAAAGGCACAAUAAAGUUGCAUCUUAUAGACUAUAGGCAAUAAAGCUAACAAUAAACCUUAUUUAACACAAACCAUAUGCUCUGUUCAUUUGACUUUGGAAAAAAAUCUAGUAUAUCCAGUAGCUUCAGGGAUUUCAUUUUAACGUUAAAACGUUCUGCUAUAUUUAUGAAUUUCAGACUGCUAUAAUAGAAUUUUGGAUUACUAAGAAAUGCUUUGUUAAUGUGUGUAUUCUUAUGUAAAACACAUGGCUUCUCCUGUGUAUAUUUUUAAAAAUUAAAGAACUGCACAUUUAAA